AUGGAACAGCGGACCACAAAAUUCGUGUCGCCUGGCAGUCUAUCCUAAUCUAUUUACCUUUGUACUCUCUACCGCGUACGCCAUCAGCAGCUUUCACAGUCAACCGCGUAUUCCAGCAGACCGAAGAAAGGAAGAAGUAGACAAGAAACCCUCGAUUUCUAUCUCUCAUCUCGAAACCCUAGACCUGCCCUCCCCUGUAAUGGAGUAUAUGCUCUCCAAUGUUCUCCUUCGUUAACAAGAAGAAGAGCAACCACCGGCGUGAGGGGAAGAAGGCGGAGGCGCGGAGACCGAGGUUGGAGAGGCGGAACGCUGCGAAGAAUAUCGAUUACGAGGCCUCCUGUACGUCGUCGGACGAGUCGACUUCGUUGCAGACGUCGCGCUCACUUGAUUUCUCGCCGGUGGGUUAUUCGAGUCAGAGUAGCUUCCGCAUCGGAGGAAGCAUAGAGGGAGAGGUCGAGCAUCUCUACCAGAGCCUUGGAUUAUCCGGUCCUGAGGACUUCGCCAUCCCCAUUGCAGCGUGGGAGGCAUCUCUCAAGUUUCGAUCAUCGUCUGAUGUUCUCCCUCGCUCCCGAUUUCUAGAGUCGGAGGAUCCAUGUGUAACAGCCGAUCUCGCGGAGGAGGCUAACGGUGAGGCGGCUCUGCUUGGCGAGGAUGCUGGAGUUAGACCACCUGGGGUGGAGGAAGCGGUGGUCCUUGAGGAAAUUAGUGUUGGAGAUGAGGGAUCUGCGGAGGAUUUGUGGUCGUCGGUACGGAUAAAUAGCUGCGGAGAUGGGGGAAUUACGGGAAAUCGCUUGCCAGUUCUUCCCGCUCCUACUCCUGCAGUGUCAGUUCCUUCUUCUGCGCCAGCUAUCUCGGUUCGUUUGCCCACGAUUUCAACAACACUUCCUGUUGCGGUGGUGAUUAAAGAGGAAAUUGAGGAUAGACACGCGGUUGAGAUAGAUGUGCUCCUGGAAGAAAAUAGGAUUAGAGAUGAGGAAGUAGCGGGGAUCCAGCGGUCGACUGUAGGCAGAAGUGGUCGCGUCGAUGUAGGAAUUAAGGGUACUCGACCCCCGGUUCUCACUCCCCCGCCUCUAGUCUCGGUUCUAUCCACUUCUCCUGUAAGGUCGCUUCUUCCCCCGCCGCCUUCGAUGGCACUUCCUGUUCACGACAGAGCAAGUUCGACUUGGGACAUAGUGAAAUCUUUUGCCCCGUCCGAUGAGAACGAGAUUAGCGAUAGGAGGAGAUCGUUCGGCUUAGAUGUGCAGGAAGAUGAGGAGGAUGAUGAAAGUGUUGGAAGUGGAGAAGCUGGUGAAGCUUUGGAGAGUACUGUGAUGGAAGGUGAAACAUCGGACGGUACUGGGUCUUUCUCAACGUCUAUUGAUGAUGAUUCCUCAAGCACUACAACUGAAUUUGUCAUCUCACCAAAUGGGCGGUUCAAGAAAAAAAUUAGAUCUUGGAUGCGCGGCCAUCUUCUGGGUAGUGGUUCUUUUGGAACCGUGUAUGAAGGGAUCAGCGAUGAUGGUACAUUUAUUGCUGUUAAAGAGGUGUCUUUGCUGGAUAAAGGAAGCAAUGCUCAACAAUGCAUUCUUCAGCUCGAACAAGAAAUUGCACUUUUGAGCCAGUUUGAGCAUGAAAACAUUGUCCAGUAUUAUGGAACUGAUAAGGAAGAAUCAAAGCUUUACAUCUUCCUUGAGCUUGUAACACAAGGUUCAAUAGCAUCUCUUUAUCAAAAGUAUCAUUUGCGCGAUACCCAAGUCUCAUCGUAUACAAGACAAAUUCUCAAUGGCUUGAAUUAUCUUCAUGAACGUGAUGUGGUGCACAGAGAUAUCAAAUGUGCCAAUAUAUUGGUUCAUGCAAAUGGUUCUAUCAAACUUGCAGAUUUUGGAUUAGCGAAGGAGAUUUCGAAAUUCAAUGAUCUGAAAUCUUGCAAAGGAAGUGUGUACUGGAUGGCCCCAGAGGUUGUCCAUCCAAGGAAGACAUAUGGGCGCGCAGCUGAUAUAUGGAGCCUGGGCUGCACAGUUCUUGAGAUGCUGACUCGUCAGAUUCCUUAUCCGAAUGUCGAGUGGCAACAUGCGUUCUACAGAAUUGGGCGUGGCGAUCAACCCCCAAUACCCAAUCACCUAUCAAGCGAUGCGCAGGAUUUUAUCAGGAAGUGCGUGCAGGUGGAUCCAAAUGCAAGACCCACUGCUGCUCAGCUGUUAGAGCACCCCUUUAUCACCAGGAGGCCACUUGAAACCUAUUAAUUAUUAGCUCCUUGGUAUGAGCGGAUUUAUUGAUUCGGGGAGAGGACCGUAUCUCACCCAGUAGACACGUGGGAACGUUUACCUUUGGGGAGCAUUCAUACGUGUGGCCUGAUUUAGCCAGUAGUCGAUCAAGCUGAACGAUAUGAAUUGGGAUCUGCAUAAAAAAUAGCAGAUGGUAUUGGGAUGGUAUUGAAUGAGGUUAGUGAGUGUAUAUUGUAAUAAUAUCUUGUGCUUUCUCUUUUUCUCCCAUUAACUAUUUGUUUCUACGCAAAUUUGUAGGUUAUUUGUAGUAAUCUUAGAGCUUUAAGUAUUAUUAAUCACUAAUAUUGGUGAUUCCUUUUUUUUUCUUUUUUUUUUCUUUUUGGAUUAU